AGUUGUGCAGUGUCGUCCAAUUGAGAACCAUCUACAUUCCGCUAAUAUAGCCGGCGGUGGUAAAUUCAAAGUUUAUUUUUAGUCUCCGCAUAACGAUGUCAAGAAAAGUGAUUAAUUCAAAACUAUUUUUUUAUUUGAUUUUGGGCUUUUUCUUAGCAUCGAUUGUAGUAAAAGAAUGUUACUGCCAAUAUGAAAUGUGCGACCGGCGACCCUUUGAUACCAACACCGAUCCUUUGCCGCCGGACGAUAGAUUCGCAUUAGAAAUAGAGACCAUCACCGAGUUGUAUAUCCCUCUACGCCGAUAUAAUGUUCGAUUGUAUUCGAAAGAUAACAAGACAACAUUCAUGGGGUUCACCAUAUGGCUUCGCGAAGACGAGGUUAAAAACGAUUUAAACUCGCGAAAGCCACAUCGCUUGGACCCGGGCCGCCUGCACCCAUCGCCCGACUCGCCCGGGGGAAAAGCUCGCCCGCCAUGCAACAACACCGUGAUCCAAUCGGAUAUUACGCCAAAAACAUCCGUGAAUGCUCUAUGGAUUGCGCCGAGGAAAGAAAACAUGGUAGGUGACCACUGCGUGAUGAUAUACGCUAUUGUAGCUAUAAAGCCCGACGUUUGGUAUACGAACAAAGGCCCGCUCUCGAAGCGAGUCUGCGAAGACAAACGAGACGCCGACGAUAUACAGCCCACGCAGAAUGACAACUGCCAGGUGUGCAUGGAGGCGAGGUAUCAGCUCACCUUCCAAGGUAUGUGGUCGUACAACACGCACACUGAAAUGUUCCCCAUAUUUCAAGAGCAGGCCAGGUUCAGUGAUGUGGUAGGGGCAUCACAUAGCAAAUACUUCAGCGUAUACAAAUAUGACUCGGAAGCUAGCGCUGGCAUGAAGAUGCUGGCUGAACAGGGAAACACGACGGAGUUGGAAGUCGAAAUACAGCGAGAGCUCGGGCGCACCGUCCGCACUGUCAUAAAGGCAACAGCACCCGCUAAGACCAACCAUAAAACCGUGACGAGCUUCCGUGCCAAUAAAGACAAUCACUUGGUUUCUUUGGUGACGGGCAUCAUGCCGUCUCCUGAUUGGUUCCUUGGAGUCGCGGAUUUGGAAUUAUGCAGAGAAACGCCCGAUAAGAGAAGCGAAUGGGCACAGACUGACUUAAACCUUUACCCCUGUGAUGCUGGGACUGACAGUGGAAAGACAUUCGAGGCCCCAAAUGAUGAGACUUCACCACCGCAACCAAUUGCCACCGUGGCCCUUAUUAAGGACUUGCCCCCGGGGAAAAGAAAAGCCUUUGCGAGGGUGCGAUUUGAUCUCGUCCGUACAUACCCAAAUCCGAGUUGCACGACAGAAAACUCCAUAACAGGUGAAGAAGGAGAAGAAGAAAUUACUGAGGAGGAACCGGACGAUGGCGAUAAUUCUAAUGAAUCUCCUUCCAUAGAGUCUAACACAACAACUACAACUGAAGUUACAGUCGCUCUAGAUCCGGAUUCAUCACAGAGCUGCCCAAUGACUACUUGGGAAGACUGGUCGUGUGACGGGCCCUGUGAGGAGGGAAAGAGGGUGGGCAUGCGCUUCAAGUAUCGCUACCACAUCGUCGAUGGCGUUGUUAUAAAAUAUGGUAGCCCGAACUCCGAAAAAAGGGUGGUUCCUAAGAACUGUCUGUAUAUGGAAACAUUUCAAAUAGAGGAUUGUGAAGAGGAAUGCACUGAAGAAACAGUCGAAGAAGAAACAGAAGCAACCGAUAUUACCGAAGAUGAAAAUGAAUAAACGAAACAGAAGCAACCGAUAUUACCGAAGAUGAAAAUGAUUAAACGAGUCGGGAAUAUCCUUUCAUUCAUGUUUGAUGAAAUACUUUAAUGAUUUAACAUUUUUUUAUU